AUGGGAAGUUGUUGCAGCUGCCAAGUUUCAAUUGUAGACAAGGUGCAUGAUGUUGAAAAUAAUGAAUGUAACACAAAGAAUAUUGAAUCUACAUGUGAAAAUGGUGAGCCAAAGAUCAUGUUGAGAGGAUCUUCUAAGUGUAUAUCAAUGUAUAGCCAAAAGGGUACAAAAGGAGUUAACCAAGAUGCAAUAACUGUUUGGGAGAAUUUUGGUGGAGAAAAAGAUGUGAUCUUUUGUGGUGUGUUGGAUGGUCAUGGUCCAAUAGGACACAAAUUUUCGACAUAUAUACGUGACAAUCUACCUUCCAAACUCUCUACAACAAUGAAAAUGUCACAACAAAAUGUCUCUAUAGACAAUGGUUCUAACGCUUCGAAAAAAAGCACUAAUGGUGAUUCAUGGGAAGAACAAUUUUUUAGUUCUUUCAAUGACAUGGAUCAAGAUCUAGCUAAGAACAUUGACAGAGAAGGAUUUUCUGGAGGUAGCACAGCUAUAACAUUAAUUAAAAAGGGUGACCAAUUGAUAAUCGGCAAUUUAGGCGAUUCUCGUGCAGUUCUUUGCACAAAAGCAAAUGACAAUAAUCGUGUUCCUAUUCAACUUACGGUUGACUUGGUUCCUGAUGUUCCAAGUGAAGCAAAUAGAGUGAUGAAAUGUGGAGGUAGAGUUUUUCCAGCACAAGAAGAUCCUGAAGUAAAUAGAAUUUGGUUACCUGAAGGUGAUUGUCCAGGACUAGCUAUGACAAGAGCCUUUGGUGACUUUUGCCUAAAAAAGUACGGCCUCUCCUCAGUUCCUGAGGUGUUUUAUAGAAAACUUUUAAAGGAAGAUGAAUUUGUUGUUAUGGCUACUGAUGGGAUAUGGAAUGUACUAUCAAACAAUGAAGUAAUAACCCUAGUUGCUUUAGCGCCAAAGAGGUCAUUAGCAGCAAAAUUGAUAGUAAGACGUGCUGUUCAAGUUUGGAAACAAAAGUUUCCAUCUUACCAUAUUGAUGAUUGUUCAGCCAUAUGUUUAUUCUUCGAUGAAGAUCAGUCGGUUAGUGUGAGAGGAAAGAAAAGGCAUUGCUAG